AAAUAUUUGAUAAAUGAGUGGUCGCGCAUCGAUAUCACACGAAGGUUCGUUGGCAAAGGAUGAGUAAAGUGGUUAAAAUUGAACAUGAAAAUUAGAACAACCAGGAGCAAUAACAAAAAGAAUAAAUCAAACAUCCAGACGAGUCUCAUUUUGAAUUAUAGUCGGCGACGGCAAACUCGCACGGAUGGCGAUGGGAAGAAGGGUAAAAAGAAAAAAGCGGAUCCGAGAGAAAUCUCGGCAAUUUUACGGAAGAAUGAGUCGCAACGAACAACGGAAGACAGACGCCUUCUCGAACGGAACAGCAAACUGGUAAAAGAAAUUACGCAACGCAAGGAACGAGUUGCGAGUUACAAGGAGCGUGCGAUCGAAAAAGAAGAUGACCCGGAAGUAAUUGAGCAAAAAACUCGCGAAGUAGCCGAAAUUAUCGCCCGGUCACGACAUCUCGUCAUUUAUACAGGUGCGGGGAUCUCUACUUCAGCAAAAAUUCCGGAUUAUCGUGGCUCGAAAGGGAUUUGGACACUUUUGCAAAAAGGCGAAGAGAUCGGAAACUACGAUUUGUCACUGGCGGACCCCACAUAUACUCACAUGGCGAUUUCCGAGCUCCAUCGGAAAGGCAUUGCGAAACAUAUUGUCUCCCAAAAUUGCGAUGGACUGCACCUGAGAUCCGGUCUUCCGCGUUUCUCGCUCUCCGAAGUCCACGGCAACAUGUACAUCGAAGUCUGUAAGCAUUGCAAGCCAAAUAUCGCGUAUUGGCGACUUUUUGACACGACACCGUGCACCUCGCGCUACUACCACAAGACAAAUCGUCGGUGUUACUCGUGCGGCAAAUUUUUAAUUGACACGGUUGUGCACUUUGGCGAACGCGGCGUGCUAAAAUGGCCCCUCAACUGGGAUGCGGCCACCUCGAAUGCGAAUAACUGUGAUACAAUUCUGUGUUUGGGCACGAGUCUGAAGGUGCUGAAGCGAUAUCAGUGGUUGUGGGCACGCGAUCGUCCCAUCAAGCAACGUCCCAAACUCAUUAUCGUCAAUUUGCAGUGGACGCCGAAGGAUAGUCAAGCCACCGUUAAGAUAAAUGGCAAGUGCGAUGAGGUGAUGCAGCUCGUAAUGAAGCACCUGGGUAUCGAAGUGAGCGAUUAUGAUCGCGUAAAGGACCCAAUUUUCCAUCAUUCGAGUUUGUUGUGCGAAGAGGAAGCUCAUACGGCAUCGCAACCAAUGCUGAAGACACACAAGGAGAAACAAGCAGCAACGGAAACAACGGAGGAUGACAGUUCGCAAGCUAGUCGGUCGAAUACCGAGACAAAUGUGAACGAUGACGAAAAGGAAAUCAAGGAAGAAAAGGUGAAAAUUGAAGAAAACGCGGCGGAUGACGAUGCUGUGGACUUUGAAUUAAAGAAUGGCGCUUCCAUAAAAGACGAGACGAAAAACUUUUCCUUUGGCAAAUAUUUUUAUUCAGAUUCUUCGCAAUCGCAACCCUUUGAUCUCAGCUUACCGUGUGGCAGCCAUGACGAAAAGAAGCCAAUUUUGCUUCCGAAAGAAAUAAAAAUCGAGGAAGAUCCGGAUGUGGACAAGUCUAAACUACUCGACUUGCCGAUUGAUGGAUUUUUUGCGUCAAUUUGUGAAAUAAUUCCGAAAAAGACUGAAAGUAAUGAUAAAAGUACCAAUAGCUCAAACAUAGACAACAAAACUAGUCCCACAACGACGACAACUCAAGUAUUAAAGACGGAAAUUGACAUAAAAGUGGAAAAUUCUUCCGAAGGCGAAACAAUAAAAAUCGAAAAAAUUGAUGAAGUUGUGAAAAAAGAAGAGCCGAUCUACGACGUCGACUCAAAUGACUCGGAUUUGGUGCUAAAAUGUCUCAAAAAUAGGAAGAGGAGUAAUGGAUCAGCUGAAGAUGAUAUUAAUCUCAUGAAAAUUGUUCCUGAAGUUGAGUCUGAACCUCCUUUUUGUCUCAUAGGAGAAGAUGUGGUGGAAGAAAGUAACGUCAAAAGUGAAGAAACGUUGAGUUCUGACUCAGAAAUUGGCGCAAAUGGCAAUUCAAGUGACUCUCCAAAGAUUAUCGAGGACGAAGACGAGAUAGAAUCGCAGCUGCAGCCUCACAUAAUUGACAAAGAAGCAAUUUCCGGACCCAAAACGGAUUCCGUAGUCAGUAUUCCAAAGCCACAAGUUGAAGUUGUGCAGGAUUCGUCGGCAUACUUGCAACAAUUGAAUCUUUUAAUAGCUCGAAAUAAUUUGCUGCUCUCACCGUUAUUGCUCAACAAUAACGGACAGCAACUAAUGUUCAACGGACUCACACAAAUUUUGCUGACACAACAAUUGCAACAAACAAAUGCAGCUCUCACACUACCAAAUCAGUCUUUGAAUCAGCCGGCAACUGCUGCUGCACCCAUCAUAGGUUUAAUUUGUCCGCCAAAUAAUUCAACUUUACCGCAAAUUAUCAUAAGUAACAAUAGUUGUAACAAUGGUCUGCCUUACGUCGUUCCCAACAGUAAUCUUUCAAAUAGUAGCAAUGGAGUAGGAUUAAUCACGACAACGCAAGCAUCCACUUUCUGUGAUAGUAACGAAAAAAGGGAGAUGACAACGACUUCGACUCCGCCCGAGAAGAAGCGUCGUGGUCGAUCAACAAAUAACGUCCAGCAAACCAUGAAUGGAUCAACUUCUGUUUUUGGUUCAGGUUUCUCCCAAUCCCAAAACAUGAUGAUGCCCCAAUGGUACGACGUCAACUACGCCUAUUCCGGCUUACACAGUAUUAUUAAUCCACCGCCGCCAAACGUUGAGCUCUUCGAGGAGGAAGAUGUCGAUAUUGCUGCCUUGGUUGCGGCACGCAUCAAAACUGCCACCUUGCAGCACGAACAAGAGAACAACUCGCAUCUCGGUCCGGCGGAAUGUGAAUUUUGUCAUGCAAACUACCAAAAGUACACGUGCCAGUUCUAUCGGCCGCUAAAGCCCGACUUCAAAGUGAUGAUCUUUCGCAACGGAAACCCUGUGGUGUGCGAAUGCUGUGACUACAGCGAGGAAGAAGAGGAGCCAGCUGGUGACGAAAACACGGGAGACGAUACGUGCCAAAAUGACGAGCCCGAAUCGAACAAUACGACGAUGAAUGAUGAGGGGGGCGGCGAACAGGUGCCCGCAAAAGUCCAACCUGGAUGGUAUGGCAAGGGAUAUCGCGUCAAAACGAAGGGACGUAAGCGCCGACGAAACAAUAAUACGUAGCGUGAAGUAAUUUUCUCUCGUAAUAUAUUUUUUAAAAACCACCUGUAAAAUAUUUUUUAAAACUUUUCUAUAGAUGUUAAGAUUAGGAAUUUCAUUUGAUGCAUUUAUUUGGAGUCGAUGUUUCUGUAUUUAUUAAUUUAAUUUGAUUAGUAAGGAUUAAGAGUGAAAAAAAAACAAAAAUGAACAAAAGUAAAGAUUUCUUUUAACAUAAUUUUUCGA